AUGCGGAGUGCGAACGUGGCGCUCUGCGCUCUGUCUCUGUUCGCGCUCGUGCUCGCGGCGGUCCGCGCGCACUCCCAGCGCAGGCCUGUAUUCACUUGUGGUGGAAACAUCACGGGGGAUUCCGGGGUCAUUGGUAGUCAGGGCUAUCCAGGCGUGUACCCCCCAAAUACCAAGUGUGUUUGGAGAAUCACGGUUCCCGAAGGAAAAGUGGUCAUCCUGUCGUUUCGCUCCAUCGACCUGGAAAACGACAACCUUUGCAGGUAUGACUUUGUGGACGUCUACAGCGGGCACACGCACGGCCACCGGCUCGGCCGCUUCUGUGGGACCUACAGACCGGGUGCCCUCGUGUCCACCAGCAACAAGAUGAUGGUGCAGAUGGUGUCCGAUGCCAACACGGCUGGGAGCGGCUUCAUGGCCGUUUUCUCCGCUGGCAAGCCCCAUGAACGAGGGGACCAGUACUGCGGUGGCCGUCUGCAGAAGCCAUCGGGGUCCUUCAAGACACCUAACUGGCCAGAGAAGGACUACCCAGCAGGUGUCACCUGCUCCUGGCACAUUGUGGCUCCUAAAAACCAGAUCAUUGAAGUGAAGUUUGAGAAGUUUGACGUGGAGCGAGAUAACUACUGCCGAUACGACUACGUGGCGAUUUUCAACGGGGCAGAAGUAAACGACGCGAAAAGAAUCGGCAAAUAUUGCGGGGAUAGUCCUCCGACGCCAGUGUUCUCUGAUGGGAACCAGCUCUUCAUUCAGUUCCUCUCGGAUCUGAGUCUGACAGCGGAUGGUUUUAUUGGCCAUUACAAGUUCAGGCCCAAGAAGUUCCCCACCACAACCGCGCCUCCAGCCACCACAACCGCAUCGGCUGCAACGAGAACGACAACGUUGAAGUACUCGGCUGCGCUCUGUCAGCAGAAGUGCAAGAGAAAUGGGACCCUGGAAAGCCAUUACUGCGCCAGCAACUUUGUGAUAACGGGCACAGCCAUCACCGCAGUCACACGUGGUGGGAGCACUUACGCCACCAUCUCCAUCAUCACCAUCUACAAACAGGGUGGUCUUGCCAUCCAGCAGGCAGGCAAGACCAUGAUCACCAAAAUUAUCGUUUUGUGCAAGAAAUGCCCCUUCAUCAGACGAGGUCUGAGCUACAUCCUCAUGGGCCAGGCAGAUGAGGACGGUCGCGGGAGGGUGGCCCCGCACCACUUUACGACUCCUCUCAGGGCCAAGAGUCAGAAAAGCCUGAACGUGCUGAAGAACAAGCGCUGCUGAGCUGACCACCCACGGGCUCUUCCGUCUGUCCCGGCGCACUUCAGAAACACGUCUCCUCUCCUCUCCUUUCCUUCAGCCGCCUCUGAGGAGACUCCCUGCAGAAUAGUGCCUGCGCCACUAGGGUAACUAAAACAUGUCAUCCGAUGGGUAUAAGCAGUUUGGGUGGCAUUAGAAAUUAGGCUCAUCGUUACGAGCAGAACAGAUCAUGUUAGUCAGCUUGGAAUCCGUCUCUGUGCUGUAUGUCCUGUAGCGCUUCUUCAGGACGCAGUGUCUAAAAGCGACGUUCUGAAUACUAAAGAGUGUGUGUUCAUGCCGUGCUGAGUGAAAGGAAUGGAAAUCCUUCCAUGUGGUUCCUUAAAGUGCAAUAACUGAAAAACAGUCCUUUGUGCAUAGCAUUUUGGUGUUUUGGUAUGAUUCAGUUCCCUGGCAGAGUUACUC